AUGUACAUGCGCAUGCAUGACGUCGGACCGAUUCCACGAUGCAUCUUUAAUGAUAAUAAAUAUAAAAACCACGUGGAGGAAAUCGAUAACGUCCUGGCAGGUAUCAACGCUUCAAAUGCCACACAAUAUGAUAUGAUUGGAGGUAAGGAAAUGUGGCCCUCGAAUGACGCACCUCACAAACUUGUGAAAGUUGUCAGAGUAAAAACACAACGCGGUCUUGAGGCGUUUGUUAACCUGCCGGUCUGUUUUUCCAUUGAAAGCAAAUUAAUUGCAAAGUUGCUCGAGGUGGAUGGGAAGAAUGGCAUUAUUUAUCGACUAUUGAAGUGCAGAAAAGAAUUAUUGGCAGAUGCUUCGGAGCGGUAUGCUCCGAACGCACCCCUGAGUAGAGUCUUUAUGUAA